AUGGAGACAACAAUUCCUGUGAAGACGAUGAUUCCUUCCACUUCUAUGAUUCAAAAUCACGCUUUCAAAACCAAAACAACAACACGCUUAAACACAACUAGAAGGAUUUCAACCCAACUCAAACAUCUCCGCUUUUCUAUCCAUUCCAAAUUCUCUGAUACUAAUUUUCAAGAUUUUGGGAGUUAUGCUAGACCUUCAGGACUUUUGCCAGCCUCUGAAGUGAAAGUGUACACAAAAACAUCAUUAGAAAGCAUUUUAUCUUCCAUUAAGGAGGAUAGGUCCAAAUCUUUAUUCAGACUCAAGUUGGUUACCAGCAACUUAUAUGGCUCAAGUAUAACUGACUUCAAUGCUGGAGUUCUCCUAUGCUUCAUAGAUGAAGAUGGAAAGUCCAUUCUGCAGAGAUUACCUGUGAGUUUGAUGACGGAUCUUUCUGCAGAAUCGGGGGAUAGACUUUAUUUCCAAAGAGGUUCUGUUGAUGAAUUUAUUUUCGAGGGUCCGAAGAUUGCAAGACUUGAGGCUCUUUGGGUCGGUGUUGAAUCGGGUCAAUGGCGCCUAGGAAAUAUCUCCUUAAUUACCAUUAGUUCUGAAUGGCAACCAUCAUUACCAGAAGAAGUAUCACAGUACACUGGCUUCCAAUAUGACUUUCCAGUUGAGGAUGUAUUGCUUGGUGAAGGAACCGAUCUAUCCAUGUUGGAAUUAAGACCUAACCUUGUGACUCAGCUCGAAGGAACCGACCCUUUAAGUUUAUUCAACAAAGGACUUUACGACACUACCUUGCUCCUAAAUCCUAAGAUCUCAAAGGAAGAGAGCAUGAAGGAGUAUUCAAAUUUGAAAUUCUCCUUGCUAUUUUAUGAUGCUGUGCUGACAUUUUUCGGCACAUCAAUUGCUUUCUUCUCAUCCGGUGAAAAUACUGGGUUUGCUUUCUUGGUCGGUGGGAUUGGAGGCUUCUUGUAUCUGCUAUUGUUGCAGAGGUAUGUGGAUGGACUACCAGGUUCAGAAUUAAUCACAAGCAACAAAAAAGGAACUGAUGCAUUGUUCAAAGGAUUGAAGGGUCCUAUAGUAAGUGUAGCAUUGGCUUUAGCUUUUGCUGUGUUUGUAGUAAAGUAUAGCUCAGGAGAUUACAUUGAUGUGACCUUAACACCAAAGGAUAUCAUAGUUGGAAUGAUAGGGUUUCUUGCUUGUAAAGUUUCUGUGGUGUUGUCUGCAUUUAAGCCUAUAGCACCUAAGUUACAUGAGUGA